AUGGUCCCUGGCAUUCAGUAUUCGAGAGGAUUAACGCUCAUCGUUGGGCAGCCUUUACCCUUGGCUUCAGAGGAAGAUGCAUUUUGGAUCUUCAUCUCUGUGACACCGUCAUGGAUACGCACCAGGCUAAGGCCAUACUUUCGAAUAGAUAAGAUUCUCGUUGAUAUGGGUAUGAACCCAACAUCAACGUCGAUAUGUGUGUGCACCUUGGCUUUCUUCUCUUUUCGUCGGACCCUUUUACCCUACCUCAACCGCAUCUGUGACCUUUUCCUUCAUGAAGGUACACGACCCAUCCCAUUUAUUCUGCCAUAUGAUGCGAUCCCCACACCUCGGAUGAACGACUGGUGGCUACCACUUUUAUGA